AUGAUAGCUGGCCCUGGUAUAGAGAAUGGAACGCAUUUAUUACCCACCAUUAGUGCAGAUGCGCACCAAGUCCCCAAUGGUCCAAAUCCGCGUGAUAUGUCACUAUCCACUCCUGGAAUUCCUCAUUCACCAUUAGACUUUCUUGCCAACAUAUCGGCACAGCACGGCCGAGCCGAUGCCGAUCUCCACCCCAUGUUGCUUGAUGAACAACAGCCGUACUUCGGCUGGAACGAGGUGACCACUGCAGAUCAACCAAUGCAGCAAAGCGGUGCAGGGCUCGAAGGUGUACCUAGCGACAUGCUGCAAUUGUGGCUCGAGCCCCGCACAGAUGGGGGCUCCAAUCACGGAUCGCUGGAUAUGGGCAAUUUCCCGAUAAUGGGAGACAAUAUGGUGAUGACACCAGAUCAACAAAACCGACAUUCAGUCGACAGCGGCAAGUCUGGAGGUGACAAUAUUCCCAACGAAAGAUUUGCCAAGGUGCAGCGGUGCUGGCUUGCACCAGCGAAUCACACUGGUCGACUAAUGAACAGCCUUUGGCGUGAUAUUGUGUACACCAACGUCGACAAUGUCUUUUCUGUCAAAUCUUCAGCCUUUCCCAAUGAUAUCAACCUACUUCAAGGGUCACGAUAUGGGGUUGAUGAAGAAUGCAGACGCUCUCUCCAGGCAGCAUUUGCCCAAACCUCAUUUGCCUUUCCCCAGAUGCAGUCACCAAGCAAUGAUGUCGCUUCUCCUGCCAUGUCUGGCUCGAGUUCGGCUCCAUUCCCUCAUUUCCCUCCGGCAGAGGUUCUGGAUAUGGCGUUAGACCAUUUCUUCCGCACAUUUCAUCCUCUUGUACCGUUCGUUCACCUUCCGACGUUUUCUGCAAAGAAAACCCGCCUGCCACUCCUCUAUGUAAUGUGUCUCAUUGGAAUGAUGCUCCUGGGGACCAAGGGCACAUCAACGUUUGUUUUACGGAAUUUUACGCAUGUGCUUGAGAAGAUUACCUCCGAGCUGGCUAAAUGCACUAUGGGCGUGGAGAGCCCCGCUAACACCAUGUCCAUCUUUGCCACUAUGUUUCUAUUCUUGAACUUGGCUGUUUUGACAGGAGAAAAAUCACAUUUGGAACAGUGCCAAAUGCUGUAUGUCAACCUUAUGUCGAUUACACAACGGCAUGGCCUCUUUGCGGCGACCGAGGGCCAAAUACUUGACAUGAGCCUUUUCGAAGGCGUGCCUGACAUUGACAUGAGAUGGAAAGCCUGGAGCAAGGUUGAAUCUACUAAGAGAGUUAUUAUUGGUCUUCUUCUGUUAGAUUCAUGGUAUUCGUCCCUACUUUCAACAAGUCCAAUUGUUAUCCCCGACACAAUACAAAUCAUCAUGCCCUGCAACGAAGCUCUCUUCCGCGCACACUCGUCAAUGCGCUGGACUCAGCUCAUCCGCAGUGGCAAAAGGAUACUCAUGUCAACGGUGCUGGCGCCGUCAGAAAAUAUCAACAUUCCCACUCUAGACGGCCCUAUUGACGAACUCAGUAUCCAAGCUGUGCUCGCAAUGGUCCAACUACGCCAAUCAGAAGCUUACCACCGCCUCCUCUCCAAUCGCGCCAGCUAUCCCUUCGCCCCCUGCCACACAUACGCAAUGGACGGUCGAUCCCGAUGUCUUCCGUCCAUCCAAUCGCAAAUUUCAACAGAAUACGGCGAAUCACUCCUUCAACUCAAUCCAAACUCCCUUGUUAUGUGGCACCACAUGUGCAUGACCCUAACGGCUGACAUUCAGAUCUUCGACUUCGCAGCUGGUCGAGCGGGACCAAUCCCAGCGCGAAAAGCGCUCGAUGAUAUUUCCGAGUGGGCGCAGACCCCCGCUGCUAGGCGAGCAUGUCUACAUGCAGCACACAUCUAUAAAGCCAUGGUCAACCGCAAAGCAUCCGACCACCCAACCUUCCACUCGGUCUUCGCUGUGUUCUCUGCCGGCCUGGUAUUAGGCUUAUACACAUUCAUGGUCCCCGAUUCUGCCAACGCGGCAUCUAGCGUCGGAUCGAUUGAUCUCAUGGAUGACAUUGACUGGCAGCAGAUCGGAACAGAAGGUUUCACCAGCUUUAUGGAACCUAGGGGCAGUCAAUCAUUUUCACCGACGGACGAUCCCGCUGUAAACUUCAUUCGUAAUGGUGCUACGAUUUAUCUUCGCGGUGUGCCUUUCCAAGGGGGGUACCAGUCUGCCCGGAGGAUCUUGCUCGAUUAUGCUAGUCUUCUCAAGGACUCGGGGAAGUGGAGUGUCAAGAAGUUCUCGUAUGUACUUCAUAUCAUGAGUGAUGUUUUGAUGGAUGUGGAAUGA